UGGCGUAUGGACUAACUUAAAUCGGUCCUUUGAACCAUAUAUGCACCAAACCUAUAUUAUCUACUUGUUACGUAGUGACGUUACCUUUCCUGCAUCACUGCCUGCUUAUGGCGAUUUAAAUUAGCGAGAUAUAAUUACCGUUUCACAAUGUAUUUGUUAGAGUAUCUAGCACACAACUGGAAAUACAGCAAUGCACCCGAAGGCCAAGCACCGUUUGAAAAAGUGAUUGGUUUAACCAAAUUUGGGUUUGGCGCUAGCUUUGGAAUUGGUAUAUAUGAUUGUGUGCUUCUAACUCAAGCAUACCAAUUCUGGGAAGUGGUGAAUUGCAUGUCUUAUUGGAUGAUACCUAUCACUGCCAUGUGCGCUACUUUUGCUUCAGUGGCAUACACAGUGACAAAAAUUCGAGGACAAGACGGAUAUGUCAAUUAUGCUCUAGCCUCAUUAGCUUCCGGUGGAGUUUUCUAUAAAUGGCAGAAAAGAGGAACAUUGAGCUAUCACGCCACUGUUGUAAUACUUGCAGGUGCCAUGUUAAAGAAACAUCAUGAUUUUAUUGGUGAAACACCAUUUCCAAUAGAAAAUCUUAAAAUACGCACUUCAAACGCCAUUGUCCCCUUUGAUUUCUCCCUUGUUAAGGAUCCCAGAGGACCCAGACCUUGGGAACAAUAAUCUCCUCAGAAAAAAAUAAUUAGUACUUUUAUUUUUUAUUAUGUAAGUGAAGGAUGUACUGUUAUACAAAAUGAUGAUAGAAAGAGGCACAAUGAGUGUAUCUUCUGCUUUUAACAUAAUAUUCAUUCAAGUGAUAUAAUAUAUUCAAUAUAAUAUUUAUUCAAGUUCUAGUACAGGAAAUAAAGAGUUGUAAAAUAA